AUGGCUGGAGAAGUGCCUCAGUCAGUUAAGAUAUCGUUAAGGUCCGUGUUGUUAUCUAGUAUAAAGGGGAUCAAGCAAACGAGGGUAGAGAAAGAUUAUCAUCAGUUGACAAACUCAAAACUUGAUUUCAAAAAGUAUGGCUUCCAAGACCUCUAUGAAUUUUUGCUGGCUAUCCCAGACGUUGCAAGGCUGGAAUUUUCCGUAAAGGAUGGAGAAAAUAAAGUGUUUGGAGUUCCUGAAAAGGGGGUGUUUAUCUCCAAACAUGCAAAGAAGGCCGAAGGUGUCCCAAAUGGACUUAACCCUCUGCAUCCUUCAGAGUGGCCUCGAAACAAGAGGAGCAAAUCAAAAGACCGAACUGUUGUACACGAUAAAGCUUCCUUGAAAGUGACGGUAGAUUCAGACCAAAAAAAAGACAUUUUACCAAACUUUAAAGGGCUAUACGGGAUUCAUAUCGGGCAUUUGCCAUUAAAUUGUCAAGAGGUAAGUUUGUAUACAAUAAAUUUACUUUUAGUUGUCUCACCUGCCUCUCUCCAUUUAACCCUUUUACUGCUAAGAUCCAUAUUCUUCUUACUGUCUUCUACACAAUUCUUGUGAUGCUAUUUCAAAUAAUUUGGUUUUGGAUCAACUUAUAAUCCCCAAAGUGAUAUUUUUCUAUAUUCUCAUCCCUUGUCUGUUUGAUAUUGUGUUGAUUUUGUAAGGAGACAUUCUGUCUAAUGGUCACUCAUGCAAGUUGAAGGGUUGAAUGGCACAUAAUGUUUUCCCUUCUGAUUGCAGAGAUAUGAGCCAAGUUGUUGAGUCAAUAUUUCAACCAGUGUACUUUUCAGUUGUAAAAUUUUCAGGCGAAGUGUUAUAAUGAAAGUUUUUUUGAACACUAACCAGACUGAAGUCCUUAUCAGCCAAACCUACGUAGUCGUUUUAUGGAGAGGAACAAAAAAAAGUGGAUGAUGGAAAAAGCAGGGGGUUAACUCCUGCUAACAGCUGUGUAUCAGAUUUCUGUAGCUCCCCUAUUGGUUUGCUCCCACGUACCACAAAUCUAAUACAGGCCCGAGACUUCACCCUCUACACCCUGACUUACAUCUUCAUACAUAAUCUCCAUACUGUUUUCCAUACAUUUCCUAAGGUACUGAGUAGGAGAAUUUGUCUAACAAUCAAGAACUUCUUUAGUUGGUGAUCAUUUCCUUUCUUCUUGUGACCUUGAAAUGUGAUUCAAAGGUGAUAUUAUAAGGAGAAAUUAGUUGUUAGUCACACUCUUAGGGGUUGAAGGGUUAAUGAGAAAAAGUUGUUAGCCUUGUUGUGGAGGGUAUGGAUUGCCGAAGCUAAGUUCGUGGUAUUAAGACAGUCUUACCUCUUUGUAAGAUCAGACUGAAAGUUUUACGCAGGAGAUUUUCAGGAUUCUCUUACACAAUUUGACAUGGUUGAAUUUUUCUCGCUGAUUAUUUCUGUUUUUGUAAGUGAGUGAUUUUAAUUUUGGUUCUUUUUUCAUCUGGCUUUCUAAAUUCUACUUAUAUUUGCAGAGUGAACUGAGGGAUAUUUUCAAGCAUUUUAAAAGUUUAAAGGAAGUGAAGAUAGAAAAUUCUAACAGGUUGGUUGUCAGUGGAGCACAUCAGCUCUAAUCAUUGCUAUGUUUGUGUAUAUUUGGUAGCAGGGGAGAUUGUUUCCAAUUUCAUAAAAAGUCUGCCAAGGCCUGCUUUGUGGCAUUUCCUUAUACAUAUACAAUUUGUAUUGUGCUGAUAAUACUUUGACAUAAUGUGCGAUAAAUAGUAACCUAUAAGAGACUGAAGAUUCACUAAUAACAAAAAAAUGAAAAUGAAAGUUAAUGUAAGCAAUGCAGAAAAUGAAAGUUAAUGUGAGCAAAUCAGAACCUUUUGAAACAUAAUAAUUAUUUCUCUCUGAAAUGAUUCCUGUUACUUUGGUGCAUAAUAUGCCAAGCAGUGCAGCACUGACAAAUAAACGCCUGCUUUUCUAAAAAUAAUUUUUUCCUUUCCUUGAGAAGUAGUAGGAGCUGGCUUAAAUACAGGAAUUAUAGUACUUGGCAAAUUCUGCUUUAUCUCUAGUGUUAAGUAUAAUACUUUCAGGUUCUACUGAUAGUUAUUUUUUUUCUCAUUUUCAUUAUGAUAAAAAUCAAAUUUUUAGGAUUGCAUUUCUGAGGUUUUCCAAGCAUGCAGAUGCUGUCCAAGCAAUGAGUGACUUGAAUGGUUACAAAUUACGUGACUCUGUGUUGAACAUUAAUCCAGCCAUUAUACGGAACUCUGUUCAGAAUGCAAAAUUAAUGAAAGACAGAAAGGAACAACCAAAGAUAGACACUAAAAAUUCUGUAACCACAAAUGGUUUUGUGAGUGAAGAUGCUGUUGUUACAGAACCUAGUAGUAGUGUUCCCUACAGGAGUCCUUUGUCAUUGCCAAGGGAAAUGAAAACAGUUUUGUCUGAAGAAAGCUGGGAAACGGAAAGUGCUCUGUCAUCAAUGAGAACGGCAGGAGAGAAAAAGAAAAUGUAUGGUCAAGAAAAUUCUGUGAUAGCUAUGAUAAAGGAAAACAGGGGAUAUCCCAUUCAUGUGAGCAAUUUUCCAGCAGGAACGACACAGGUACAGUGGAAUUUAACCUUUAACUCCAAAGAUCUGAUUGUUAAUUCUCAACUCUAGAUAAUACACAUUUCCUUGUAAAUUAGGAAAACAACUUCUACCUGAUAAGUUUGAAUAUUCUCAUGACCUAUUUGCUCGAUAAUGUUUAGAUAUUAUAGGGAGAAGUCAUUUGUUAAUCACUUUUGGGAGUUGAAGGGUUAAUUUAUUGAGAAAUGAUCUUGGAGAAAUUUUUUCAACAUAAGGAAAAAUGCAAUUAGUCCUAAAUGUUGUUUCAAGCCAGGGAAUUUACUAUUUGUAAUAAUGAUGAAAGCUUCAUGUUACUGAAUGAUUUUAACUUACAGAAAUAAUUGUUGAUAACAAGUUACUCUUCAUAAGAAUUCUUCUCGGAAUGAUUUGCUUAUAGCCAUUCCAAUGUAGUAAUUAUUUAGGAAAACCAGUUCACUUAAAAAAGGUAUUUUUGUUUGGAAAGAGUAAGUUGGUGACAGCAGGGAAAUUGUUGGUUUUUGGGGGAUCCCAAAGUAAUAAUUAAACUGACAUUUUUAAAAUUUACAUUGUAAUGUAUUUUUUCAUUGUGUAUCUGUCUUUACUUAAAUAAAGAUCACUAUUAGUUCUUUGGUUUUCUCUAGGAAUCACUCAAACAAAUCUUCAGUGUACAUGGAAAAGUAGUGCAAAUUUUAAUGAAAGAGAAGUAAGUACAUGUUUAUGAACCCAACAUGUUGGAAUUGUUUAUCUUUUAUUGAUGUAUGAUAAAUUUUGUUUAAUUAUUGAAAUUAGCAAUACCUUUUGUAGGGGAGCUGUAGUGAGUGAACUAAAAUUUUCAGUGAAAGUUACCAUCGGGGAUCAAGAGAUUUAAAAAAAAAAACUACAUGUUGAAAAUUUAUUUGUAUUUUAAUGAGUUAUCAAUCGUACAAAUGCUGGUAUGUAUCACCUUUGAAUUGUUUCAUUGUUUUGUUGCCCCAUGCUUGAGAGCAUCAUUCUUUAUCACAGCCUUGGGCCAAAUUGAAGAUUUUUUUUGGUGCCAUUGUUUACUUUUUACCAAAAUUGGUAUAUGUCCCUGCUAUUCACAUUCACUGAAGGAAAGAAAAUUGUAGUUCUGUCUCUUGUAUCCAUUUUUCAAAUGUUUUUGUUAAAUUUAAUUGCAGAUAUGCCUUUGUCUACUUUGCACAAAAGGAUGAAGCUGUAGCUGCCUUAGAAAAAUUGAGAGGUACAAAAAUAGGGGAUAAGACACUUACAAUCACUCCUAAAAAACAGAAAGGCAAAGCCAAGCAGCAAGACAACUUAGUAGGUGAGAAGUUCAUAGUGUCUGUUGAGGGCACUGCUCCAUCUUCAUUCCUAAGGGUGUAAUUGGGUACCUGCCCACUUGAUCUUUCUUGCACUGGGCCUUGAAAACAAGUGUAACAAAGACAUGACUCUAAGAACUGUUUCGUCAUUUCAUUUCCUUUCUGCAGUUCAAAUGAAUUCUUGCAAAACUGUAAAUUAUAAGUCAAUAAGAUUAAUUAGUAUUUUGAAGCAGAGGAGGCAAAUGAUACAAUUUGAUGCAAUCAGUCUUUCCAGAACAGAGAAUUGUGUAUGCAGGAGAAUUCCCUUUGCUGUUUAAAUGUAUUUAAUAGAGUUUUUAUUAUUAUUAGCAUUCUUGAGGGGGCUGUUCUUGUAGACUACCACCCUCCUUCCCUUUCCUCUUUCCACUGUGGCAAGUGGAAAGACAAGUUACAAGUUACCUUAAGCCAAAGUCAGUCCCCUGUGGCACAUGCACUCUGCUAGAGAAGAGCCCUGGUUGGCUCCCUCUCCCUUUUGUGGGAGAGUUCAUUGCUGGGUUGGUGAUAUUUUCCAUCAGGAUGUUUCUGGAACCCAACUUCAAUUUGCAAAGCAUUUAUUUAUGGUCGUUUUAAUAAAAGCUUACUGGUGUUUAGUGCCUCAUUACUCAUUGUUGAUCCUUUUGUGCCCUCAUUUACUCUCUCAGUGGGUACCAUGGAGCAAUCACUUACUUCUAGUAAGAGCUCUGUAUCUAGCUGCAAUGCCAUGGGGUCUCAAUCACCCACAUAUAAUAGCUUCUCUGAUGGUGCACUUGGCUCAGGAAGCAGCAAGAGAGAUGGCUCUGGUUUGUUUGUCAAUGGAUUGAAAGGAUCAUGUGAAAGAAGUGUUGGACAAAACCAAGAGAAUGGUAGAACAAUAUAUAAUCAGAAACUUGAGGAAAGUGUAAAGAUCAGCUCUUCUUCUAUGGCUAGUGUUGAAAAAGGCAACUCUGGUCCUACUAGAAAACCAGAGAUUUCAGUUGCUACUGAAGAAAAAGGACCCAGGCAUAUUCUUUUAACACAUUCAGAGAUGCAUGAACUCUUCUUGAAGUGUAAGAAACCACUUAGAACCAUGGAUGACAUCAAAGCUCAGGAGUUUAAAGUUCUUGUGACUGAUAUUGUUGACUCUUGCCACUUCUGGGCCAACAUUGAUGACAAGGUGGGAAAAGGUUUAUUGCUUGUUGUUACAGUAGAGCUUUUAUGUCUUGAACCUCUUAGUUACUGCAUUGUAGUCAAACGUUGUUCUAGUGCAACAACUGCAGCUUCAUGUUCUCUGGGUUAAAGAAAUACACCGGUACUUCACCUGCUGUUAGGCCUUUAUUUCAAGUUUCUUUAACCCUUUAACCCUUAAGAAUGAAUAGCGUUUUAUUAAUUUCUUCCAUCCACAGGGCUCAAAAUUAAAAAAACUUCCAAGUCACCUUUUGGUGACUAUCAAAUAAAAAUGGUCGCCAAAUGCAAAAAUUCAGUCGCCGGAUAGUACAAGAAUAGAAGCUCAGAUUAGAGCCCAAUUUAAUUGACAUAGUUGUUUGGCUUCUGGAACUAAACACAUUGCAAAAACAUCCUCCGGUAGCUGCUGCAUGAGAUUCAUGCUCCAAACAAACCUUUUUGAAAGAAUUUGAAACGCUUCUUGUUUGCAUACUAACAACGAUCUUGCUUCCUGGUAAUUUCAAGACUGCAGCAAAUUAUGAAAAAUUCCUCAGUGUAUCCUUCUCUUGUGAUAAACAAUUCAUGACUUUCGGUGUAGACUCGUCUCACUUGAUUGCGUACAUGGUGAAAGAAAGCUCCUACUCUGAAAGCUGGCUCCUUGUGACAGAAUCUGCUACAGAACACUUUUAAAUUCAGUGGCCUUUCAACAAAAUAUUACACCCGCGGUCACCAUGUAGAAGCUGCUGUACUGUUGUCUCAGAAGUCGUGAUCUUGAAGUGAUUUUAAGUUUUAACCCUAAAGGUAAACAGACUAAAUUUGCAUUUCCUUUUGCAGAAAAGCAGAAAAAAGACUGAGGAAAUUGUUUCUCACCUUUAAUCUUUUAUUUAUCGGAGGAACAUAGUCGUCAAAGUGGCGACUAAACUUGAAAUUUUUGUCGCCAAGUUAUAAGAUUUAGUUGCAUUGGCAACUGUAUCAGUCGCAAUUUUGAGCCCUGAUCUAUAUCACCUAUGAAUCACAUAUUUGAGGUCAUAAGAAUAAAGGAAAUGAUCACAAACUAAGAAGCUUUUGAUUGUUAAGCAAAUUCUCCUUGUUUUUGCUGGAAGAAAUGUAUUGAGAAUGGAGAAGAUGUACAGUAAUGUUGAGGUGUAAAAGGUUAACAGGAAUGUUAAGAUAUCCAAGGUUUGAUGGAAAAGGAAUCUAAGUUGCAUUGUCGUAAUCCAUUAAAUGCCAACGUCUUUGGUAAUUAGUCCAUUAUGAGAGAUAUGUCAUCUCUGUCCAGCAAGUUUUUCAAGGCUUAAUUUGUGACCUCCAGACCCAAUCCUAAAGUAUGAAAAUUUUCUCUAACCACAGGAUUUAGCUCAAGAGGAAAGUUUGUCUUAAUUUAUAAUCUGUUAUAUAAUUGUGGGAAAUUGUAGCAAAUGCUGUUGGAAAGUGCUCAAUACACAUGAGUGUAGAGCGAAAUACAGUCAAAAUGAAUCAUGUGUGUUUCAUUUUAGUCAUUUUGAAUUGUAAUCUGUUAUAUAAAUAUUUCUAUUUUAGAGUGGAAGUUAUAAGGAACUUGAACAAAUUAGGACUGAUCUUCAGAUUGUGGAGCAUUAUAAGCGAUGUAUGCCUGUUAAGCAUCAGCUGGGUGCAGCAAUGUUUUCAGAAGACAAUCUUUGGUACAGGUAAAUACUGAAUCAGUCAAAUGAAUUUCCUUGUUGGUGUUUCUGCUCACUCAGUUACUUUUAUUUUACAGUACACCACACAAAUAGCAAACACUACUGCUAAGUCAUCUUUUCAUUGUACACAAGUUUUUUGAUAUCAGUGAUUUUUAAAAAGAUCAAAAAUAAUUAUCCAAUUUGUAAUUUCUGUGUUUAUUCAAUUUCUGGCAUCUUUUUGAGUUAUUAGGUGAUUUGAGAAAAAAUGUAUGAAUAUGUAACAACCCCAAGAAACAUCCACAAUGAUCUAUGAUUACAAGUUGACACAGCUCCAAUUACUUGUAUGUGUAUGUGCAGCAAUUGGGAAAAGCUCAGUGCCAAUGAACAGGUUAACCUAAUAUGUAAAUCUAACAAUCAUACUUUAAGCUUUUUUUGCCUUUUGUUCUUUUCUUUGUCAUUCAUUUGUGUCUUAAUCAUGCUCAACAAGGCAUUCUUGUGGAGGUUGUUGUAAAUUCAAAUAGUAACUGUUGUAUUAAAAGUUAAAAAUGACCUUUGAAUGUAAUAAUACCUUAUUUUUACAGAUGUUGGUGUUUAGAAGUAACAAAAAUGGACCAAAAGCAAGCAAAAGUUUUUUAUCUUGAUUAUGGAAACUGUGAAUGGAUAUCUUGGGACCAGUUUACAGACAUACACAAAAGAUUCUGGGACCUUGCCCCUCAGGCAGUGCCAUUCAAGCUUGCAGGUACAAACUUUAUGCGUAAAGGUGCAUGUGUGAAAGGAUUGUAAUGAAAUUUUCUGAUUAUUGCAUACUUUUUUAGUGUAAUUUUAAAUGUAUAGUGCAUGGUUAUCAUAACACUUAAAAGGUUUUCCCAGUAGGUCACCUCCCAUCGUAACAGCCCCAUACAAACCUAGCCAUUAAACUCCUUACACCCUUACAUUGGUGUUCAUAUUCUCCAAACUGUUCUCUUUAUAUUUCCUCUGGCACUGACAAAGAAAAUUUGUUAACCAUCAAAGUUUCUUGAAUUGGUGAUCAUUUCCUUUAUUCUCGUGACCUUACUACAUGUAUAAUGUAUUUGAUUCACGGGGGAUACUGUAAAGAGAAAUUAGAAGUCAGUCACUCUUAGGGGUUGAAGUGCUCACCUCUAAGAGCUGCUAGCAUCUCUUUCCUCCUCACAGUAUCAGUUCUGAAUAUAACAUUAAGUUUGUGAGAAUGAAGAAAUUGAUUGUAAACUAAAGAAGUUCUUGAUUGUUGGACAAAACAUUCCAUUUAAUACCAUAAGAAAUGUAUAGAGCACAUAUGGAGAUUGAGUGUAUCAAUAAUACGUUGGAGAGGUUUAUUGUUGUGGAGGCUGCAUGGUGUGUGGUUUAGGGCAGCUGCAUAUACAAUGUCUGACAUCUACAGGUCCAGAAUUCUGGACUCUGUUGCUCAACUGUGUUGCUCUUUUGAUAGUUCUGAGUUCAACCCUUGUAGCAUUUCACCAUUUGCUCCCUUGAGUGACCAACAAACAAAUUCACUUUACAGUAUCAAUACUCUAUCAACCAGACAGAUGAUGAGAAGAUUUAGUAAAAUGAAUUACGGUCAACUCGCCGACGGACCAACUCGCCGACGCCAACUCGCUGACGUAUAAAAUCGAGUAGAGACGUCGGCGAGUUGGUCGUCAAUCCAAUACAACUUAUUAGAAGUUAAACAUACAGAAAAGUAAACGAUAUUUAGUAAAAAAACACUGGUGAACAUUGGUGAACAUCAAACAGAAGCUUAAACAUUGGUGAACAUUGGUGAACAUCACCAAUGACUAGAAUAGCUUAAGACACGAACGAGAUAAAUUAUUGUGCGACAACAACACCAUAAAGACUCAUCAUGUCAAUCGCUCAGAUUUUUUAACGAAAACUUGGCUUUCUAGACGAGAUCUUUUAGUAAAAAGCAUUUCUUUUUAUUUGCAACAAAGUUUAUGGAUCUCAAGGCGAAUAAAGCGAAGUAAACAUCACCAAUGACUCUAACAGCUUCAAACGCGAACGAGUUAUUGUGUGACAACAACACUGUAAAGACUUGUCAUGACAAUUGGUCAGAUUUUUAAAGAAAACUUGGCUUUCUAGACAAGAUCUUUAGUAAAAAGCAAUUAUUUUUAUUUGCAACGAAGUUUAUAAGGAUCUCAAGGCGAACAAAGUAAAGUAAACAUCGCCAGUGACUCUAACAGCUUCAGACGCGAACGAGUUAUUGUGUGACAACAACACCGUAAAGACUCGUCAUGUCAAUCGCUCAGAUAUUUUAAGAAAACAUGUUCACCAAUGUUCACCGAUGUUUAAGCUUCUGUUUGGUGUUCACCAAUGUUCACCAGUGUUUUUUUACUAAAUAUCGUUUACUUUUCUGUAUGUUUAACUUCUAAUAAGUUGUACUGGAUUGACGACCAACUCGCCGACGUCUCUACUCGAAUUUAUACGUCGGCGAGUUAGCGUCGGCGAGUUGGUCCGUCGGCGAGUUGACUGGUUACCAGUAAAAUAUCAAUAAGGGGAUAUUGCUUUAUUUAACAACAAAUUCUUGGAGUUACAACUAUAAGAAAUACAUUUGAUACUGAGAGUUGGGUGUGAAAGGGAUGAUAUGUCAAAUAGCCUGCAUAGGUGGCAUUUAUGUUAGUGCCAAGGCGAUGAGCAGGGAAUUCAUGGGAGGCUUGUGACAGAAUUCCGACAAUAUAGAACCAUAAAGGGCACUCAAAACUUUCAGCUAUGUAGGCCAUAACCAAAACGUUGGCCUCUCAAUGGCUGGAACUUUGAACAGUUAUAUUCUGUAGACUAUUAUUUUGUUUGCAGUGAGUUUAGAGUGUUUUCAACUUGUGCUAAGUAAAUAAAACCUCUAACAAUAUUUUGCAUGGUGUGUUCUUGUAGGUAUUGAGGUCGCAACAGAUGUGUCACCUGAGAUAAUUAAUGAAGGCUCAAAAUACUUGAGUGCUUUGAUCAUUAAUAAAGUGUGCACAGCAAGAGUAUGUUGCUCAUCAGAUGCUAAUCAGGUAACCAAAUGUUACUGUCUGUAAAUAACUUGAAGCAUCAUAAAGCGAUAUUAAUUAAAUAAAAACUUUACACUUAUCAAAGGCCUGUAAAAUUUCCUUCAGUCUUUCACUCUUCUGUGAAUACGGACUACUCAUGAUAACACCAACCUUGGUGAACUCAAACUUGCCCAUUAUUUGAACCACUUUUUAUGGUUUGUGGAGGUUUUUCCUCAUUGCACGUUUUCCCCCUGAUAGGGAGUUUGCUCUCAGAAGUAAAAAGUUUAAACAUUUGGGGGCGAACUGGAGGAGGUAGGGACUAACUGGUGAAGGUGGAGGCAACUUGGUGAAUGUGGGGGCUAAUUGGUGAAGGUGGAGGCAAUGUGGUGAAGGUGGGGGCCAAUUGGUGAAGUGGAGGCAACUUGGUGAAGGUGGGAGCAAAUUGGUGAAGGUGGAGGGAACAUGGUGAGGGUGGGGGCAAAUUGGUUAAGGUGGAGGCAACUUGAUGAAGGUGGGGGUGAAUUGGUGAAGGUGGAGGCAAAUUGGUGAAGGUGGGUGCGAACUCGUGAAAGUGAAGGCAACUUGGUGAAGGCAAGGACAAAUUGGUGAAGGUGGAGGGGAAUUGUUGAAGGUGGGGGCAAACUGGUGAAGGUUGGAGCAAACUGGUGAGGUUGCAGGCAAACUGGUGAAGGUGGGUGUGAAUUGGUGAAGGUGGAGGUGAACUUGCUCUUCUUUUGGAGGUGAACUCAAAGAGGUGUUAGGGGGUAAACUUGCAAUGGGGUGAAACUUCCGAAUACCCUUAUCAUAUUUUUCUUGUGAUUAUAUUCUUGGUAUCUAAAAGCUUGAAGUAGUUUUACUUUCCCUUGAGAUCAUUUCCCAUACAGUUUUGUUUGCAUUGAUUCCAACCGCCUUUUCAAUAUGUGACAAGCAUAUGAUUCCUUUCAGCUCAUGUUAAUACCGCUCAAUACAUUUUACUAUGUUUGUUUUAUUUUAUUGUGGGACAUGUAGCCUCAUGUCAUUGAGGUGGAACUCUUUGUCAAAGAUGACAAUGGAAGGGAUUUACAAGUAAAUGAGCAAAUGGCAUUGACAAGAUAUGUACGAGAGGCAAGGAUGGAAACUCAAGGAGCUUCAGGAUUAAUCCAAAGCAAAAUGAACAUGGAAUCAAAUCCAACAUUCUCGACCCAGCUACAGCAGUCAGAAAGACAAGAACCAGCGCCCUUGUACGUUAGACCGCAAAUUACAAAGGAUACCCACACUGUUGAUUCAUUUCCAAACCCAGUGCGAAAGCCUAUGGAUCAAAAAAUAGAGCAAACCAUACAGCCCUCAUGGAGUAGUCAAGGAAAAUUGUCCCAGAAAUUGAAUCAAAGACCUCAUAAUGUACAUGAGAAUGGCCAGUGUUCUAUUUCAAACCAAAAUGUAGAAACAAUGGAAAAAUCUCUGCCUAAGACUUUGCAGCAACAACAGCACUACCCCAGUUACCAGUUGUUUGAGAAGAAAGAAGUCAUGGUAGUUACACUGUCACAUGUAAGUCACCAACCCCCAUGAUCUUAAUUGUAAUUCUUCAUGUCGUAGUAUAUUCCCUGUUAAAUUACUGGUGGGAAUUGGGUAGUAAGAUGAGGAAACAGCCUCAAAAUCAUUCUCUUGACAAAGGGCUAACGCUUGAAACAUCAUCUUUAGUUACUCAUCAUGGUGGUCAAUCUACUUUACUAACAUACAUUUGUUAUACUCCUCGCUAAUGCAGCAAAAACUUACACUCAACAUCUGUUUGCUUUUUAAUGAAUUUAUGGUAUAUAGAGAAGUUUUAUUUUGAUCACAAACUUGUUUCAGUUCCUGGCUCUUAGAUUUUUUUUUAUUUGUCACAGAACGUUCCAUUUUUCUUUUUUCAGCUAUUAGUUUGUUCUCUAAUUCAAUCAUUACUUGUCAUUAUCUAGUGGUAAAUAUGGUAAAAGGACUCAUAUUUUAUGUUGGCCCAGUCAAUUAAAACUCCAGAAUUGCUUGAUGCGGUGAUCUGUACUCAUUCGCUUCAGUACUGAAUAAUUUCAUGAAGUUCUUGUAAAAUGUUUGCUUCUCUGCAGAUUGAAUCCUUUGAUGCAAUAUACUUCUAUAAGUCUGAUAAUAACAGUCUAGAGCAGCUUAGAUACAUGACAAGGGUGAUUAACUCUGAAACGAAUGUAGCUGCCAAGGUAAGACUGUAGGAGUUUCUUAAUGUCAUUUCUUUGAUGGUCUCCAGAUCAUUUUCAGAGAUUGCAUUGGUUUUACUUUACUUAGCUUUGUGAUUGAUAAAGAAAACUCACGCUGCCUUCUUAAGCAGUCAGAUGCCUGUCGCAACAUGGCCUGUCACAUUUUUCUGCUUACCAGGUUGUUUGCACCUCCUACAUAAAAUUUGCAUUGGCCUAUUAUGGUCAUUUUUCUUGGAUCUGAUUGGACCUUGAAAUUGUUUUGAUAAUGAUUUUGGUGGCAGGGAAUUCAGUAGAAAUUCAUGUUCUGGUACUUUUUCUCAGAUCUACCCUCGCAUUGGUGAUAUUGUAGUGACAGUCAAGGAAACUGGAAGGUGCUUCAGGGUCAAAAUUGUAUCAGUUCCUUUUGGUUCUGGGAUUGGAGUGGAUAGGGUAUGUGUCUUUCUUCUCAUUUUUCUAAUAUGAUUUCCUUGUUCUAAUGAAUUUACUUCUCCUACACCAACCACAAAAAGCAACAUUUUUGCUGCUAUUCAAGUUGUACUAUCUUACCUAUUACACACUCAAUGGUUUAGGGAACACAUGUACUGCUCAUAGCAGGGUGCAUGUAAGAUAUGAACUAAGUAUACAUGACAGAGCUGAUACAGCUACAAAUUGAGUGCGCAUGCUUGUAAACUGCAAGAGAUAUCAAUACAUGCAAAGGAAUAAGAACAACAAUAUUUCCAUAUUGAGGCAAAAUGACAGUAUUUUUGACAUUUCCACUGAUGUUUUCAUUUUGCAAGCCCAAACCAAAACAGGUAAGUUUGCCAUUUCCAGGAAAGUUUCUGUCGAACCUCCCUAAUCACACAUCUCACUCAACAGAAAAAAAAAAGAUGUGGUAAUAAGUAUGAAUUUAGUGACUGAAGUUAAGCAGCCAUAACAUGGCUACAAAGUUCGUGGCACCUGUUACUGCUUUAGAGCUUCUUGUCAUCGUCUCUUCUGUUGGCAAACCCUGUGGAGAAAAUGUUUGUUCAGUGGAAAAACCUGCAUCAGCCGAAGUUUGUAGAAGGAGAAUUGCAGCCUAUGGCCCAGUUGUUCAAAGGCUGAUUAGCCCUAACCCAGGGUUAAAUUUUAAUUCAGGUUUCUUUAUUUCUUUGUCCAAAAUUCUUUGGGAAAAUUUUCACUAUUCUUUUUAGAACAUCCAAUGAUCAAAUUGCAAGCAAAAAGAUUUGAACUGAAUUUUCUCUAACUGAAAAAUCAAAUUUCACACUAACCCUGAGUUACCUUAACGCAGCUUUGAACAACCUGGGCCUGGGCUAGGUUGUUCAAAGCUGGUUUAAGAUAACCCAGGGUUAGUGUGAAUUUUGAUUUCAGAUCUGAAAGCUCUGAGAGAAAAUCCACAAAAAUCCACAAAUUAUUUUUGUUCACAAGUUGAUAAUUGGCUACUCUAAAAAGAAGGAAAAUUGUGCUAAAAAGGCUUUGAACAAAGAAGAAAGAAACCUGGAUUAGAAUUUAACCCUGGUUUAGUGCUAAUCGGCCUUUGGACAACUGUGCCCUGAACGCUCUAAUGGCAUUAGUAGUGGAGCAUGCACACUCAUUUUGCUGCCGUUCUGUGUCGGCUUAGCCAACUAUGGAGUUCUCUAGCUCAGAUGCUUAAGAAAAGUGAUCUUCUUGUCUUCUUCGUAUCUCUCUGGUAUAAUGCUUAUUGCCAAGAGUGCAAAUUAUGUAGUAAGUUACAUUGUUAGAGGCACAGUCAAAGUGGUCAGUGUUUUUGAUGAAAUGAAAACUAAAAUGGUUGUAUUUCCUUGAGGGUUGAUUGUGUUGUUCUGUUUCCUCUAGGUGAAGGUUCAGAGUAUUGACUAUGGAUGGUAUUUCACAGUGCCUCUAAGUAGCUUAUGCGAAUUGCCUCAGAGCCUAAAGGAUAUGCUUCCUCACGUUAUGAAGGCAAAUCUUGCAGGGCUGCAAAGAGAUUCUGCCCUGACGAUUCUCCCAGUAAUGGCUGUGAAUAAGUUAAAGGAAGUUAAAGAAAGGAAACAGGUAAUUGCACAUCAUAGCUGUAAAAAGCAACAUGGUGAGGGUGGGGGCAAAUUGGUAAAGGUUGCAAACACAACAGGAUAAGGCGUUUUACACUUACUAUGUGCUUUUUGUUUUGAUUGGUUCCUAUUGUUGUCAACCUACUUUGUAGUUAUUGUCAUGCAUGUUGUGUUAUUUUUUAGUUGUUGAAAUUUCUGCCCUUUCAGAAUUUGUUAUGAUUAUAUAUAUGAAAAUAUCCUUCCUUUCCUAAACCCUUGGAAUGAAAUAAUAGAAAAAAAAAAACAUUGUGACACAUUUUUAAUUACCCUUUGUGAAAAAUUGCUUUUAGCUUGAAGGAUGCCAUCAAUAGAAAUCAGAAACUUAACAGUUGAAAAUCUCAUGAUGUUUCUAUUUCGAUUUUCUCAUGAUUCCAUCUCUCUUAACCCUUUUAUCCCUCGCAGUGACAAGCAUCUAAUUUCUCCUAACAUUACCACCUCUGAAUCAAACAUUAAGGUCAUGAGAAUAAAGGAAAUGAUCUCAAAAUCAAGAAGCUCUUGACUGUUAGACAAAUUCUCUUAGUAAGCAUCAUAAGAAAUGUAUAGAGAACAGUAUAGAUAACUUGCAUAAUGUUGUUGGGUUGUAAGGGUUUAUCCAGCAAAAAAUGCUCUGUGUUUUGUGUUUCAGCCACUUCAAGCAUCAGUGGUAAAGCGGCGAGAGGAUGGUGUACUUUUGGUUGAACUCUUCCAAUCUGACGGCCCGAGUCUCAAUGUUCAGUUAUUGAAAAUGCAGGGGAUUCAGUUAGAUGAGUCUUUAUGCUCUCUUUUCUGUGCAAAUUUCAAAUCGCAAGGAUCUGAUGCCUCUAGUUUGUCAUCUGGGGAAAGCAUCAACAGUCAUCACAUCACAAGUAAUUCAAUUAGAGUGAUUUACUUUGUGUAUAAAUGACGUACUUUAAUCUGGAAUUCUAACUUGCAAAGCAAGACUUAUGUUUGCAUUCUGGCAAAAAUUUUUCCCUGUUGUCAGCUCCAUCAUCAGACAUAACUUUGCAAAUUGUAUCUCAGAUGGUCGACAACUGUAGAGAAGAGGAGUUAAAUUUUUAAACAAACUGUGGUGCUGUAUUGCUGGGUGGGGGGGGGGACAGUACAAGGUAAUUUGGUUCUAUUUACUGACUUGAUAGUGUAAAUUGGCUGCUGUGAAGAGUUUCUAAAGCUGAUGUCUCAAAUGUUAACCAUACUUCAGAGUCUGUCAGCAUCGUACAUGGAAAGAGAACUAAAGAAAAAUAGGAACAUAUUGCAUGAUUUGAAUUUAACAGUCACUGUAUAGGUAUUUAGUAACUUGGAGUACUUCGAUAGAAAAAAAGUAAUCAUUGCCAUAAACCCUUUGAUAACAUUUUCUUCUUGAUUUUAUGGCACUGUUGAAGAUCAAGUGCCAUUUCAUCUUGGAGAUUAUAGGAGUUUGGUUGCAGUUUGGACAGAUGGGAAGAUUCAUUGAAAUCUUGAAUUUUAGGAAUGCUAAUGAACUCUUUUUUCAUUAUAAUAGUGGUUUUUUUCUCGGAAAAUUAUGUUAUACACAUGCUAACAGUUUUUGCGAAUUGUUUUUGUUAUUUUUGACAGGUCAUCAAGUUUCAAGAUGGCCAACACAAGAGAAGACAGUGGAUCACAAUGCUGAUAACCAAUCUGUCCAUUCAGAUUGGGAAGAAAGCCCAACAGGAACAGAACCAGACUGGAUGGACACUGUGUCUGUACCUGGGAGUCACAACAGUAUGACUGGUAGACAGUCUUUAGACAAUUUGUACCUGCCUCCACCUCCUGAGAGGCACCAGCCUUAUUCAUGGGGUCUAACCAGUGGUGUGCCUCAUGGUUCACGCUCCCCUUCAGCAUCCUCAUCAGCAAGCAAUGAAUCUCUUGAGGUACGUCUUUAUCACUCAGGAGGGUCCUCCUCCAGUCUUUCCAGGGAAAGACAGCUGCUGUCUUACUCAGGAUCAGGAUCAGGAUCAGAGGGUAGUGAUAUACAAGUACACUCAAGCGCUAAGACCUGGCAAAGUGCUAUGCAGGAGAUGGAAGGUAAAGAACAAUUUAAUCAGGAAGAUCCACAAACGUGUAGGCAGGAAAGAGAAGAACUGAUCCAAAAGGAGAACAACCUGAAAAGGACCUUGGAAUUGCCGCGAGCUGAGAUGAUAAAGACGCUGAGUUUGAACCAGGAAAAGGAAAAGCUAGAGAGAAAAAUUAGGUAAAAUCAAACAGAAGUACCAAGUCUAAUAAUCUAUUCCCACAGAAGUAUCUAAGUACCUCGUGUAAAUGUCUCUAACUGAGUUUGGGGCCCUCACUAUAAGUUACAGACCAAGUUUUUUUUGCUUGGGUUUAUGGCCGUAGUGCUAAGGAUGCCAGAAAUCUGGGGGGAUAAAACAAGGUUCCAUAAAUUAAAACACUCACCUACAAAUCAAGGUUAGUAGGUCAUUCAUUAUAUGUCUCGGUUCAAAUAGAGGGGGAGAUUUCAUCAAAAUAUAAAAGUUUUGAUUUUAUUGGGCAGUACAGCAAAAUAUGACCUACUUAAGUGAAUGAUUUUGGCUCUCACGCUAGCUGAGGGAUGUAGUAAAAUAUUGUACAAAGGCCAACUAAUCAAGGGUUAGGGUGUAGUAGAAAACUCCCUUGGUGUACCUUUGUGUUUUUUCAUUAAUGCUAUAAAGAAUCAAUUUAGACCACAUACACCUAUGAUGCUUUAAGUGGUGAAGUAAUUAGUUAUCAUUUAUUUAUUAUUUUUUUGCAGGAUUAAAGGACUUGAAAACCAAAUCCUAAAACUCAGUAAAGAACUGAAGCAACUUGAACUUGAAAAAGGAGUACUUGAGGAGGAACUUGGAAGGAGUUGAAGAAAAACAUGUGUUUCUCUGUUUAUUGCCAAUACCGAGUAAUCUUGGUUGAUUA